AUGUCCGUCAAACAUCAGAGGGCGUUUCCUUGUAUCGUGGCAGUCAUUUGUCGCAUUCGGUUUAUUCCUCGGAUCAUGCGCGAAUCUCAUUUUUCACAAAGAUUGGCGAUGGCAACUCGCUUCGGCUUUCAUUCCGGCUGUUCCUCUUAUGUUUCUCGUGUUGAUCUGCUCGGAUUUUACAGAUCGCCACACUGGCUUGUGAAGCAAAACGACUAUCCCCGGGCAUGGAAAGCUUCCAAAGGACUGCGCGAGACUCCCUUGCAAGCGGCAAGGGAUUUCUAUCAGCUCCAUUGUCAGCUCCAAGUUGAGACAAUCCUGCUGGGCAAAGGUGACAUCGUGCACGAGAUUGAGAACUGGACGCAUAAUGUCAACGGCAGACUUUUCCAACAGGAGGCACGACGAACGAACUUCUUCCAGCGUUUUUGGCAGCUUUUUACUAUUCAAAGGAAUAGACGGGCAUGUCUGGCUGCCUGUGUGGUUAUGGGUGCUCAAUUCUCGCCGUUAGCCUACUUCACGAUCGAUAGCUUCAGUCUAGAGAUAGACCCUACACGCCCUAGGAACUCGGCACGUGUAGGAACUUUUGAGCUGUUUUUGAUAUUAUACACUGCAAUAGGUGGGAAUGUCUCUGAGCUGACUGUCAACUUUCUUCUUGCGGGCGUUCUCGCCAUGACGGUUCCCCAGCUGCAAAAUUCCUUAGGCCAGACCCGUCUUCUUGGGCUUUUUGCUGCUCUUGAUGCUUUCGCCGCCCUUCUCGUUUGGCUGUUUGUCCCUGGUACACGAACAACGGUCUCCCUCGAGGAAUUCAACUACAUUUUUGGGGUACCUACCCGGGUGCAUAUCCGGUACCAGUUUCAAAAAGUGUUGCCAUGGGCUGUAAAAAGCUGGAUUCCAUGGUUCUUUUCACAGUAUCUUCCGUGGGUGGCAAGGUGGUAUUUGUGUUGCGGAGCCGGGAUGGGUGAAAAGGAAGCUGUGCGUGAUCAGUUGGCUCCGUUGGAGGCAUUGUACCAGUGGAAUUCAUUGCCGGUUGUUCGCACAGUUCACACCCCCGAAACUUGGAGCUGUGCCUUUGUUAUCAUGACUUCUUUACCGGCAGAGAUCCUACAGUUGAUAUGUGGAUAUACCGACGACAUUUGUGGCGCGAGUCUUCGCAGCUUGGCUCUCGUCAACCACGCCUUUUACUACGCAGCUCUGCCGCAUAUUUAUGGACGGGUGGCUAUCAGGUUCUUUGAUUACACGACUCUUGAACAUGCAGUGACUGAGAUCACGGAAACACCCCGUGGGAAGCAUUAUCGAGCGUAUACAAAACGGUUGGAUGUUUUGACACUCCCGGAAACAUGGGGCCAGAUUGCUUUUGCAGAUACCGGCCUUGAUCCUUCGCACACUCCGACGAGUUCAUUCCCGAUCAAGCAAACUUGGACCUGA